UAUUGUACAUAUUUAAAAUUAAGGUUACGUUCAUUAGUUUCUGCAGAAAUAAAAAGAUUACCAAUAUCAAAAUCUAAGUUAUAUAAAAAUGAACAAUGUUGGAACAAAAAUAACAAAUUUCGCCUUAGGAUAUAAAAAUGGCGUCUCUCUCAUGCUACAGAGCUUAAGAACUUAUUCUGUAAGUUCUACAAAACCUGCCGCAGCCACAAAGAAGAAGAAACUUGGAAAGCUGGGCCCCGUCAUGGAGAAAAAAAUUAUUCCAGUUGAAACAGAUCCUAAUAAACUUGUAAAUUAUGUAUGCGGAAGUAAUUUGAAAAAGACUGGUGAAGAUAUAAAAAUCAAACCAGACGCUGAAUACCCUGAUUGGUUGUGGGAGAUGAACGUCGAUAGAGUUAUACCUUUAGAAGAAUUAGAUCCAAACACAAAACAAUAUUGGAGAAGAUUACGAAAAUUGGCUCUCAAAAGAAAUAAUCAACUUGCAAAACUACGAAAGUUUUAGUUUGUUUUUAGUUUUCAUAGUAAUAAAUAUGGCGAUAAAUAGUAUCUAUAA